AUGGCUGCUCUUCCUUCAAAACCUAAUCACGUUCGAUCAGUCAGUUUGCCUGGCAGAUCACACCCAACCACCCAGAGAAUUGAAGAAGAGCUAAACAAGCUCAAAUCAUUGGAAGUAUCAGUUGCACCAGCAGCUGUGAACAAUGGUCUACUCGGUUUGGAGAAAUUAUACAAGUGCAUAGAUGAUCUUUUCAACUUACCUCAAACCCUUCAAGUCCUCUCCCAGAAUUUACAUGCGAAAUGGCUUGACGAUUUAUUGGAUAAAUCAGUGAGGCUUCUUGACCUUUGUGGCACAGUAAAGGAACUUGUCUCACAAUGUAAAGAAAAUGUACGAGAUCUUCAAUCCUCCCUCAGAAGGAGAAAAGGAGAUUCAACUAUAGAUGACACCAUUGAAAGAUUUACCUCUUUCAUCACGAAGAUCAAGAGGGACGCCAAAAGAUUGGUCUCGACUUUGAAGCAAAUGGAUCAACAGACAGCAGUAUUAGUCUUGCUAGAUGCAGAUCAAGAUACAGAAGUUGUGAUUACAGCACUAAAAGAAGCCAACGCAGUAUGUCUUUCAACUUUCCAAAUGCUCUUGUCCUUCUUGUGUGUGCCACUUUUGAAGUCUAAGUCAUCUAAAUGGUCACUGCUUUCAAGAUUGGUGACCAAAGAAAGAAUAGCACCACUAGUCCUAGAAGAAAAUAUGAGCUUAGAUACCAAGCUCAAAAACUUUGAGGCUUAUCUUGUCAGCUUCGAAGAUGGAUUGGAAGCAACAUUUAGAUGCCUGAUUAGAUCUAGAAGCUCACUGCUGAAUGUUUUCUCCUGCUAAUCUGGCAGUUGAUAUUUCAUAUACUGUAAAUUGUAUACACAGUUUUGUAGUUAUGUAGA